AUGAAAAAGCGAACAUACAUCAACGUCCAGACGCUAUCAUUGGUAGAAUGUCCGUAUGAUUCUCGGUACAUUGCUCUGAGCUAUGUGUGGGGACGUGUCCCUCAACUGCUGCUGACAUCCUCCAACCGGGACUUACUUCUGAAGAAAGGAUCAUUGAAGAAGAUGGAGGAUGGUAUUCCAAGGGUGGUCAGGGAUGCUAUCACAGCAGUACGGUCUCUUGGCGAGACACUUCUAUGGGUGAAUUGCCUAUGCAUUGUCCAAGAUGAUGAUACAGAAAAGCAUGUUAUGAUUUCUGAGAUGGCUACGGUAUAUGAUCAAGCCUUGUUACCAUAA